AUGGAAAAAACUUAUCAAAAAUUUGUUAAUCAAGUUCGAUCAACAUUAAAAUCAGAUCCAUGUUGUCCAUUAUGUUAUCGAGAAUUUGAAGAACAAAUUGAAGGUGAACAAUUAAUUCGUGAUAUGGAAUUACAAAUUAAAGGACCUGAAUAUCGACAAAAAAUUUAUGAUGGUUUAAAAUUAUUACAACAAAAAUUUGAAAAAUGUCUUCAUCUUAAACCAAUUCAAAGCCAAUUACAAGAUCUCGAAGAUAAAGAUAUUCCAACAAUAAAAAAUCAACUAAAACAAUUUGAAAAAAAAUAG